AUGUUAAAAGCGGAGGUGUAUUCGGCUAAAUUAACCGGAUCUGGAAAGUCGUCAGACUCCACGAAAGGAUUCGAUGACAUGAAUUUGCUGUAUAAAUACGACGGAGAAGUAUCGCUGGAACGGGAGGUGGUAGAAGCGUUGAACGAGGGAAGGAAGUUGAUAUACGGGUGCCUCUUUAGAAUGUUGAUCCUGAUACCGACGUUCCUCCUGUUCUACACCUUCUACAGAGGAAUGGUCUUCCUCAUCGACGUGUACUUCCACGACCAUACACUGGAGAGGUUCCUGGACAGAUUGCACGAAAACAUAGACGACAGGCACCUGCCGUUCAUUAACAGGAUGUCAGAUGGACUGUUCUACGCGUUCGUGGUGGUGCUGAUGCUGAGGUUCAUCCUCUUCUACCCAGUGCUGUUUAACGUUCAGGUGCUCCUGAGGUUCGCAUACAUAUACGUGUUCACGUACCUGCUGAGGGGGCUGGCGGUUAUAUUCACGACAAUACCGUCCCCAUACCCGUACUGCGUGCCGCUGAGGAUCUCGGACAAGUGGUGGAAGACCUACGCGACGAUGAUGUUCGGAGAAGAGGGGAAGCUGGACUGCACAGGGCUGCUGUUCUCAGGAAGAGCGUUCAUCAUGUUCCUGGGCCUAAUCAUACUGGGGCAGAACUCAGGACCGCUGUUCACGAUGCUGAUGACGCUGUACGCGCUGGUCACAGCGGUGAUGAUCGUGGCCACAAAGUUCCACUACACAGUGGACGUGAUGUUCUCACUGCUGUUCGCAGGCUCGUUCUACUACUUCUACUACUCGAGGAUAGAUUCUUUCGGAGUAUAUUUUUUAAACAAGAUCAACUCCGCGAAACACAAGGAGGAGGAGGACCUGAAAAUGAGCAAGCUGGAAAGCAGUGCGGUGACCAGGGGGUUCGCGGAACUGGAGCAGCUGCCGAAGCUGAUAUCGGUGGGCCACAAGCUCAAAUCGUUGCAACCGCUAGUGUACGGAAGCAGUAACAUCAGCGACGGAGUGUUCAAAGAGUAUAAAUCCAUGGUGUACUUUUUCGGAAUAAAGGAGUGUGACGACCUGCUUUCGCUGUACAGAGGAACGAAGUCAUUUAAUUUCAGUUACUGGAAAAGGUUAAGGUUAAAACUGAGAAGGAGGAAGCUACAAUCGUCGAUACUGGAUUGA